AUGACAACGGUGUAUUCAUCCCGUCUGGCAUCUUGUCUUUCAGUGGAGGAGGGGGAGACCACGUGUGACUGUGGGAAACACGUUCAGUCGGGAAAAUGCGAGACUGACAUUGACAUUCGAGACAACGUCUGCCCAGUCACGUGCAAGAGACGUCGAGAAGUAACGUGUGUCGAACCCCCGUCCUACCCGCACGCCACGCCCUCCAGUGACAGGAGAUAUUUCGCCACACUCAACUACACGUGUCAGCCUGGGUAUAUUAAUGAGGGGGGAGCAGGAACAAUGUAUUGCACGCUCAACGGGACGUGGGUUCGAGACGUGAUGAAGAUAGGUGUUCCGCCACAGUGCAAGCAAGCAGCAGUAUUCACGUCAGCCUUCACGAAAAUCACUUUUCCGGAAACGUAUUUGGAGGUUGCAUACGUGAAUGACGUCAGAGCUCAGUCGUCUGUGACGUGUGCGCAGUCAUGCGCAGUUCUGUCGGACUGCACGCACUACAUCUUUAAGAAACCUGAGACAUGCACCCUGUACAAUGAUCACGGAAGCAAUUUAGUGAAUGUAACAACCUCUGUCGUUUGGAGAAGAAACCUGGUGAAACCAUGAAUUUUGUAUUAAAGAACCAUAACAUAACGGGAACAUAACUAGGCUUUCGAAUUAUGUAACCAGUGGUGUGCGACCGCUCUACCG